AUGAUAGAGUUAUCGGAAGGCAUACGAGAGAAAUAUUCCUUUCUAAAACCGUACAUACCAUAUGGGGUCCUAGAUUCAUGGGACGAUUUGAACCCACGUUUAUACCUCGCCGUUCAUAUUUACUGGUUGAAAUUCUACGGCAUGUGGUAUUAUAAUAUCACUCCAACUAGCGCUUACUUCUGGGUGCGCUUGACAUACACCAUGGUGGUAUUGUGGCUUGUUUGCUUCCUGCCUUGCAUUGGAGAAGUUGUUUAUUUGUCAAGGCGAGGCGAAAAUAUUGGAGAUAUUGCUGAGGGGCUGUACUUAUUCCUGAGCGAAAUGUACACGUAUUUUAAAAUUGCUGUAUUUUGGCUGAAUAAGGGUAAAAUUUUAAACCUUCUCAAAUUUUUACAUUGCGAUGAAUUCAAACCGGAGGAGAACGAGCACCGAGCGAUUUUGAAAAAAAGUAUUAAAACGGCGCGCUUCGUAAUGACGUACUAUUCUACUAUGUGUAUCGGAGCUAUCUCGGUUGCAAUUUUGUUGCCGCUCGCCGAGAAUUUUGAUAUACUACCAACAAAUGUGGAGUAUCCGUAUUUCGAUGUGAACAAAUCACCGAUGUACACCAUUAUUUACCUCCAUCAUAUUUAUUACAAGCCUGCGACCUGCAUCAUAGAUGGUGUCAUGGACACCAUACUUGCAGCAUUCAUUGCGGCAGCUAUUGGGCAAAUAGAAAUCUUAGCAUAUAAUCUGCGAAAUUUCAAAGCUUUAGCAGAAAGAAAACGUAAAAGAGAUGCAGUAAAGGCCAUGCAACGUAUUUACAUCAAAGAUUUCCAAUAUUAUAAUGAUAACUAUUACAUACAUUUUAUAUUGAAAAAGAGUAUCAUCCAUUACGAUGCCAUCAUACGAUACGUGUCUAUGAUGGAAAGUGCUUUUAGUUUGGCUUCCGCCCUGCAGUUCAUGCUAAGCGUGAUGGUUCUUUGUUUAGUAGGAAUACAAUUUUUAUCGAUUGAAAAUCCGAGUAGUCACCCCAUGCAAAUCGUAUGGAUGGCAGUUUAUUUGACAUGUAUGCUGAUAGAGGUAUUCAUAGUAUGCUGGUUCGGCAACGAACUUAUAUUGAAGAGUCUUGAGCUACGACAAGCUGCGUUCGAUGGACCAUGGCUUGAAACUGAUGCCAAGACCAGCAUGUUCAUCGUGAUAUUACUGGAACGCUGCAAUCGCCCUCUGAGAGUCACUGCAGGCAAAGUAUUCACACUUUCAUUGGAUACUUAUACCUAUCUCAUAAACUGGUCGUACAAAGCAUUUGCAGUGAUGAGAAAUAUGAAAAAAUAAUACUUAUCUACAACGUGGAAUUGUAAGCUACCAG